GGGGUUAGAGUUCAGUCAAUAUUGAUGAUGUCAUCGUCUGAAGAUGGCUGAAGGGGAAGGCUGGUGGGGAGGCUGGCUUCAGCAAAGCUUCCAGGCCGUCAAAGACAAGUCGGCAGAGGCCUAUGACUUUAUAAAACGUGACCUGACAGAGUUCUCCAAUGUGGUGCAACAUGACACAGCAUGCUCCAUUGUGGCCACAGCCAGUGCUGUCAGGAGCAAAUUGGCAGUGGAAGGUACGUCUGAUACCACAGAGAAGGUAAAGAAAAGCUUGUCCAGUUUCCUAGGAGUCAUAACAGACACCUUAGCUCCUCCCCCGGACAAAACCAUAGACUGUGAUGUCAUCACACUAGUGGCGACUCCAACGGGCACCACAGAAGUCUAUGACAGCACCAAGGCUCGUCUUUACAGUCUCCAGGCAGACCCCGCGACAUACUGCAACGAACCUGACGGUCCCCUAGAACAGUUUGAUGCCUGGUUGUCCACCUUUAGCAUGGAGGAGAGGAAAGGGGAAGUGUCCGACCUGCUGGUCAGCAGCCCCUCUAUACGGGCCCUGUACACCAAAAUGGUGCCAGCAGCUGUAGCGCAUUCAGAAUUUUGGCAGCGGUAUUUCUACAAGGUUUUUCAAUUGGACCAGGAGGAGGCAAGAAGAGUGGCAUUGAAGCAGAGAGCAGAGCAGAGCAGUCAUACUGAGUCUCUGGGCUGGGAGGAGGAGGAUGAAGAUGACUUCCUGGGUGUCACAUCCUCAUCCCGCCUCGACUUCACUCCCCCAUUGGACGAAUCUGGAAUCCAGCACCCCACACUCCCGUCAGUCCCCAUGGGAAUGACCCCGCUGAGCCCUAUCCUGUCUCCCAACACGGAGCAUGACGCCACCCUCUCAGUCAGCAGCGACAGCAUCAGCCAGCCCACGCAGGUGGAGGUGACCCCCGCUCCUACAGCGGCAGAACCCGCAGCGGGGGGGGUGGCCCAGAAACUGAACGAGGCUAGCCUGGAGGACAGAGAGCACCAGGGGCAGGUAGAGGACCAGAAGCCAGGGAGGAAUGGCUUACAGCCUGGAUUUCAGACACAAGCAGCAGCCCAGCGUGAUGCCACGGCAGAGGGCCUGACUUCCACGGCCCUUGCCCCCACCACCAGGCCAGAAGCAGCCAGAGAGGAAGGGCCGCAGGACCUGAGGGUAUUUGAGCUUAACUCGGACAGUGGCAAGUCUACACCCUCAAACAAUGGAAAGAAAGGGUCCAGUACAGAUGUCAGUGAGGACUGGGAGAAAGACUUUGACCUGGACAUGACAGAAGAAGAGGUCCAAAUGGCACUGUCCAAAGUGGAGGCUUCUGGAGAUUUGGAUGAGGACUGGGAGAACUGGGACUGAGGAGUGCGACAGUGUCAUUAAAACAAGUUCUCGGCAGACAAACCAUGCUUACUGUGUUUUAACUCUAUGUCCACGCUAUCACAAUGUCCCGUUUGUCCAUAGGAGAAUGUCUGCUGGGUUUGGGCCACAUUUCUGCCUGGCUAACAGCAACGGACAACCAAGGCAAUAAAGAUGUAGACCCUACUGUCAGCUGACACGUACAGGUCGCUGUAGGGAAGUAAGUGUUGUCCUCUGGUUCUAACUUGAGCAACAUAUGCCUAGGGAGAAAUGAUACUAGUUUAGGGUGGUUGGUAUUGGUUCCAUUGACUAGACAGAAUGUGAAUGGUUUCACCACAUCAGGGGAAUAUGCUGUAUUCCUUUUUUCUUUUAUGCCAUUAAAGUACAUGUAAAUUGUUGCGAGUACUACAAAGUUGAGUUGGGAGAAUACCUUUUACCUUCAGGCUGCCGAAUAGCCAUAAAUUAUAUCGCUGCUUAUCACCUUCUAAAGAUGAGAUACUUCACAAGUGAUAUUUGAAUGACGGUGUUUAUUGAUUCAGCUCUCAUAUGUGUAUUGUUUGUCCCACGGAAUUGAUCGAUAACCCCUUUUAUCAUUUGCAAGUGAAUAUUGUUAAUGGAAAAUAUUUUGGGCUUCAUAGAAUGCAUUCUUUUGGGGAUUCUUUCAGAACUCUAGAUAAAUGGCCUUUUGAGACACACGGCAGUGUGUAAAUGCUAUGUUUUGUUGAACCAAUAUGAUUCUAAACACAACUAAUCCACCUUGUAUGUUUGAAUUUACGUAUUUGUCUUGUUCAAUCUUUUUCUCUUUGCUGUCUUUUCGAGCAAAGUGGUUGAUGUAAACACGUUUCCUGUCUAUGUUCUGGCUUAAAAUAUUCACAUUCUCGUCAUUUUGUCUUUCUCCAUUGUUUGUGGGAGGUGGGAGCUCAUCUAUUGUCAGAACAAGUACACAAUAAAAAGGCUGCAAAACUGUAUGUGUCAA